AGCACACCGCGGGCUUACUUCAAGCGUAUUGCGAUCGGUCGUUCAGUCUUUUGGAAACAUUGGAUCGCGCGAGAUCGAUUGCUGUGAAAUCACUGUAGAUUAUCGUAGGAGGAUCGGUCCUCUUAUCGAUUUUAUAUAGUGCGUGCUUUGGCGACAUUUUAAUUUCUUUUUAAAAAUAUAUAUAUUAAUAGGGACGCUUUUCUCUUUUUUCUUGGAUUAAAAUUGCUGAUAUACCCUAAAAUCGUCGUGUUGUACGUAAUUGUCAUUCUCGUUGUGAGCUUGCGGAAUUGAAAAAAAGAUCGCGUGGUUGCGUCCCGUGACGAUCCUAGAGGAUGAACUAGUGAAUUCUAUUGCUAUACGUGUAAAAUUCAAAGUUAACUUCCUACCAUGAAUAUCAGUGCGCCACCGACAAUCGACAGGAUGUCUAAUAUCUACAACAAUUCAGCAGUGCGUUUCUGGCACUAUAUAUUCCACGAUUUAUCUGAUCCUCGAACUAGAGACUGGUUUCUCAUACCAUCACCCAUACCUGGCGCUAGUAUUAUAAUUGGCUACCUAUAUUUCACAUUAUCAUGGGGCCCGAAAUACAUGGAACAUCGAAAACCGUAUCAAUUAAAAAAUACCUUAGUCGUUUAUAAUUUUUUACAGAUUCUCAUUAGCAUAUGGUUGUUUUGGGAAGGCCUAACCGGUGCAUGGCUCAAUAACUCCUACAAUUGGAGAUGUGAACCGGUGGACUAUUCAUAUUCUCCGUACGCUUUUAGAAUCGCAAGAGGUGUUCACUUGUAUUUUCUGGCGAAACUCACGGAGCUCCUUGACACGGUGUUCUUUGUGUUGCGCAAGAAAGAAAAGCAAAUCACGUUUCUUCAUUUGUAUCAUCAUACCGUGAUGCCAAUGAUAUCGUGGGGUGCUACGAAAUAUUAUCCCGGAGGCCACGGUAUUUUUAUAGGAAUCAUUAAUAGCUUUGUGCACAUCAUCAUGUACACUUAUUAUCUAUUGGCAGCGUUGCUACCUCAUCACCAGUAUCAACGGUACCUUUGGUGGAAGAAGUACAUUACCACUUUGCAAAUGGCUCAAUUCUGUCUGGCCUUCCUGCACAACUGCCAAUUAUUGUUCUACGAUUGCGACUAUCCGAAAUUUUCGCUGGUUUUCGUCCUACCAAAUGCGGUGUUCUUUUACUUUUUAUUCUCGGACUUUUAUAAUAACGCUUAUACUUCGAAGAAUAAAAGCUUAACGCCGUCGAUCCAGAACUCGGCCAGAGCGAACGGCAUCGCGGAGAAAGUGAGCAACGACGAGAUACCGAACGGAAAAGGGAAAAGCGACUAAUUGGGAGCGGCCAGGGAAGAAGAUGAUUGCGACCGCAAUGAAACGCGAUACGGCCACUAUCAUUCUGUUUUUUCAAUUGAAUCGCAAUUGUAUUCUCUAUUAAUUAAUUUUGUCGAUGUGUUACAACUGUGAAGAACAUUCAGUGCUGAAAAAAAAGAUCAAACGCGCACAAUGCAAAAAUAAAUCGUAACAACCGUAGAAAUGGCCAGAUAUUGACACAGAUCGAAUACAUUUAAUUAUUGAUUGAUUUUUUAGUCUGUUUUUUAUACCAGCUAAAGCGAUCCAUCUAUUGCGCAUUUUAUUCUGCAUCUUCUUAUCUUUAGUGCAUUUUCACAUUAUAGUGAAAUUUUGACAACAAAGUCAAUGUCAAACUUCUGUGCAUAAUUAGUAUGUAAUAUUUCAAAUACAUCUAUU